GAAAUUAAUCUCAGCAGAACUGCCUUUGGUCUGUGUUUAAGCUUGGACAUUGUUCAGUUAUUGAUUGUUGGCUUGCUUACUUGAAGAUUGAAGGACAAUGAAUUGCGACAAUCUUAUUCUACUAGUUACGGCAGCAUUCAGCAUUCUUGUUAUCGAUUUGGCACUUGCCAAGGACUAUUACAAAAUUUUGGGAGUACCGAGAGAUGCCAACGACAGACAGAUCAAAAAAGCGUUUAGAAAGCUUGCUGUGAAAUAUCAUCCCGAUAAAAAUAAGGCUAAAGAUGCAGAGGCAAAAUUCCGCGAAAUUGCUGAAGCAUAUGAAGUACUAUCAGAUGAGAACAAGCGGCGUGAUUAUGAUCAGUUUGGUUCUGAAGGAAUGAAUGAUAAUGGCUUCAACUUCCGUCAGGGUGGAAGUUUUAAAAGCUUUGAUGACUUGUUUAAAGAUUUUGACUUUGGUUUUGGAAGUGGACAAGGAAAUGGUUUUAAGUUUUCAUUUGGAGGUGGAUUUGAUGAUUUCUUUGGUGAUGACGAUGAGGAUGAAGAGGAGGAUGAUUUUUUUGGUGGAUUUAAAUUUGGUGGUUUUGGAGACUCAUUCUUUGGUGAGGAAAACUUCCAUAAUAGCAGACAAAGGGAAGAUUUAUAUUCAAGUGACAGAGGAGACAGGGUUCACAGAAAUGUCAGACAUGAAGAGUUUCGCCAAACAAGAGGCAGAAGUUGCCGAACUGUCACAAGGAAAGUGGGAAACAUGGUUACAACAUUUACAGAUUGUUCCUAGGGGUAUUGUUCAGUAUUUAGUAAUGAUUAGGGUUGCCUCAGGGUUAAAUUAACAGAGGCAUUAUAGGUUUAUCAUGAUCAAAUUGGAUUGGCUAGUGUUAUUGCUAGUUGAGAUAGCUCAUAUGAGUGCUGUUCAAAUACAAUAGACAACUUUAAAUGAAAUGUUUGUAAGUUCGUUGCUAUUCUGAUUAAUUUAAAAUUACUGUCACCUUAAAAUUCAUCUAUAGUACAGACAUAACUGAAUUUGAUGGACUAAGACACAUUAUUAGAUUAAGUGUUAUGGUAUAUGAAACUCCAGUCACAAUACCCUGUUUUUGAGUUCUCUUCUGCUUUUGUGUGAAAGUGAAAUGUUCAUGCAAAUCAAACUCAUUUUCAUGUGGUAGAAAAAGUUUGCAAAAGAACUAGUUUGGAAACCGAGGAAAAAGGCAACUUGGCAAUGGCCUACUAUAUGAAAACAGAAAUUUGUCACCAGAGAUAAGUCAUUCACUCAUUGAAGAAGUGGGGCUGGAAUGUUUCUGACUUCAUACAAAAGAUAAAGCUGAGUUAAGAACAGGAAAUUAUAGUAACUACAAAGGACUACUUCUGCUUCAAUCUACCAGGAAGACUUGAAUUUGUCAUGUAAAUCUCUCUUUUGAUGCAGUUUUUAACAGCUAGUCAAAAUUCCGUUAAGUCCAAGCCUGCAGACUAUUUCUGAGAACUGAAAACUGUUGCAAUUGUACAAGUAAUUUAACUAUUUUACUUUGAUGAGGGUGGCUUGUUGGAUUGGUGUUAAGGGAACUGCUGGCAGUUACAAGCAAAUUUCCUUUGCUCUAGGACUGAAGGAUUAGAUUUAUUUUUGUAAGGAAAAAAUGUGCACACUUGUAUGUACUGACUCUCAACUAACCUUAGCACUCAAUGAGGGGUAAUCUUAAAUUAUUAUAUUUGAGAGAUUAAGCAUCUGGUUUGUUUUGUUUCAUGAAUGGGAAAAAUAUAUCCUGCUUUUGCCAUCUGUUAUUGAUAGUUGAAAGUUAGUAAUUUCAGGUUUGUUUUUAAUUCCUCUUUCAAUAUCAUCAUUAGCGGCAAAAGUAACCAGAAUCUGUAGCAAGUAAAGCGUGAUGCUUGACCUCCCAGUUAUUAGUAAUUAGUGUUUAUGCACAAUAGAGCAUUGUAUUUACCAUGUAAUUGUAAAGUACUAUUGAACUAGUUUGUACAUACUUGUACAUGGAAUAAACGUUUUUCUUACA